GGUGUAUUUUGACAGGCAGUCUUUUUGGUUUUUUUUGGUUUUUUUUUUUGCUCUCUUUUUGUAUUUGCUAUGUCUGGACGUGGCAAGCAAGGCGGUAAGGCGCGAGCUAAGGCCAAGUCUCGUUCUUCGCGGGCGGGGCUCCAGUUCCCCGUUGGGCGAGUCCAUCGUCUACUACGCAAAGGCAAUUACGCCGAGCGGGUAGGCGCUGGGGCUCCGGUGUACCUGGCGGCGGUGCUGGAGUAUCUGACCGCCGAGAUUUUGGAGCUGGCGGGUAACGCGGCGCGCGACAACAAGAAGACUCGUAUCAUCCCGCGUCACUUGCAGCUGGCCAUCCGCAACGACGAAGAGCUCAACAAGCUGCUGGGCCGUGUGACCAUCGCUCAGGGUGGUGUUCUGCCCAACAUCCAGGCGGUGCUGCUGCCCAAGAAAACCGAGAGCCACCACAAGGCCAAGGGCAAGUAAUUGGACUGAGACUUGAGUUUCCGGAAGUGCUUUCAAACCCAAAGGCUCUUUUCAGAGCCCCCACUCUUUCAAAAGAAGAGCUAGUAUCACUGUAUUUGUAAAACAACAAAAGAGUGGGAAGUCAGAGAGGAUGUCGGGAUUUCCAAGUCUGCAUAUGCUGGCUUUCACCUGCAGAGAUUAAAGUGACUGCGGUCGUGAUAAACUAGAGUGCUACUUGGUUCUGGCAGCCACUACCCCAUGGUCCCAUGGUCGGAGGAAGCUUCCAGAGGAGUGGACCUGGCAGACAUGGUUUUGAAAUGGUGGUAAAUGCACAUUCUCACCUCCCACCAGGUCUAUUUCAGGUGCAGAAGCAGCCCCAGUGGAUUGGGUGGGCAUUUCAAACUCAGCUGAGCCACCUUUGCAAGAGUAGAGACUCCUAAAACAAGGAUGCUUCAAACUGCUUGCUUCAUUUUUUGGCUCAACUUAACUCCCUAGAUAUGGAGAAUCACCCCUUAUGGGUACCUGAGAAACUUUGGCAGAGAAAAGAAUAUGUGGAAAUCCAUUAAGGAAAAGGGGCCCUUGACACACUGGCUCUGUGAAAGGAAAAAAUAAAUGAAGUUCAGUUCAGUU